AUGCCGUCAACAAAUAGUGUAGGUGUGGAAAUACCAACUGGAUUGGUUCAAUUCCCAAUAACAAAGAUACUGAUGAUUUGUUGUGUAGGGGUUGCCCUAACAGCAUCAUUAUUCAAUAUGAAGUAUCUGUUCCUUUUACAAUAUGACCCAUUUAUCGUUGAAUAUGGACAAUAUUGGAGGUAUUUUACGUUUCAGUUAGGGAGUUUAAAUGAAAGCGAUGUUGCCAUAAUGACCUUGAUUUGGUAUCAGUUUAGAUCGUUAGAGAGGCUAUUUGGAUCAAGGAAGUACCUUAAUAUCGUGAUAUUAUCAUGGGCUUAUACAACAGUGGUAAUAUUUUUGAUUUCGAAUCUACUUAACAAGCUUUUGCCUGGAAUUUGGUGGGAUCAAUACACAAAUGGCCCACUACCAGUAAUAUUGUGUUUGACUCAUUUCUACAAACAGUAUACACCAAGGUUAUACGAAUUCAAUAUAAUAAUCAACCAACCUUUUCUUCUUCAUUCUAACACGAUCGUUUGGAAGCUGACAGAUCAAUUUUUCAUCCAUGGCCUGUUAUUCCUUGCCAUGGUAAAUCAAGGCGCAACAGGGUUGGUAAUCGGACUAAUAAGUUGGAUUUGUGCUAUCUUGAUGGAUAAUGGGCUACUACCAGGUACUGACUCCUUCCAAUUGGCGCCUUUCAAAGACAGCUGGAACAGAAGUUCUAGCACAUUAAACAGACCAAGCGCAGUUAUGACAAACGAUAUGACAUCGGAAGAUCUAAAUGAGGAAGAGGCCGAAGAACCUCAAGAUGAACCUCAGCGCACUUUAGGGGUCCAGUUCUUGGAUACUUUUAGAAGGUGA